AUGGCCUCUUUCGAUCCAAACCCUGUUCGGAUAUCCAAGAUCGCUGGGCGAUAUCUCAUCUUCGAUUCUGAAGCGGCUGCGUUCUUGCGUCGGAAUGAGAAUAUCAACGGUACACUAGCCGGAACUGCGCCUCAGCAACCGACUCAGAACAUCUUUCUUGGUCUUCCAAUUGAACUCCGGCCUGAGGAGGCUGAAGCGUUAUUGCAUAAGAAUGUGGCUUAUCUUGUAGACGACGUAGCUGCCCACCACUAUGCUCUCCAGAAUCAUAACGGCGAGGCGAGGAAGUUAUACCUCGACUCGCUUAGGACAAGAAAGCAGACAGCACAACAUGUUCUUGCUGAAAAGAAUGCACAGAAAGUUGUUGAAGGAGCAUUAAAGCGUGGAAAAUCCCGCCGUGUGCCCCCUAGCAAUACCGACGACGACACCAUCACCACUAGUGAAACUAAACCCGCCGUACAUCAGCAGCAAUCUGCAAUCAAAUCCCUGGGCGUCACCCCAACGUCCAGUGGGUCGCUGAUUUCUUCAGAAGCUGAACGGACAUACCAGGCCACUAACCCUACGCAAGGCCCCUUAUGCGGCUUUCUCCUUACUUCUGGUCACUACACAACUCCCGGCCUUCGCUUUGGUGCCAAGUAUAGCGUCUACCCAGGCGAUCCCUUGAGGUUUCAUGCCCAUUUCAUGGCAAACCAGUAUGAAUGGGAAGAAGAUAUUCCCGUGUUGGACAUCGUAGCAGGAGGCCGCCUCGCCACAGCUGUGAAGAAGGCGUUUUUAAUAGGGGCAGAACAGCCACUAGCGAAUGGAUCACGAGAUGACCAACAGAUGAGAACCUUUAGCAUUGAAUGGGCUGCAAUGUAA